CGCCGAUUUGCGCUAGUUUGCGUUACUUUAACUUUGCGUCCCUCAAGGUCCGGCAGUGCGGGUGGAUCGGCGCCGUGCAUAAGCUUAUUCCGGCGUCAUCACGUCGAAUCCACCGUCUACUACGCCAACCCGGAACUAGAACGGUGAUCGAGACGCUCGAAGGGUUAGGCGGGGAAGCAAAGUCGGGGAAGGAAAGGGGGGCGCCCUCGACCGAAUUCCAUACGCGAUUUUCUUCUGCUUCUUGGCCAUGUUGAUCUCGGGGACAUCAAGGGACACCGGGCCAUCAAGGGACACCGGCCAUAAGGGACAUCGGCCAUCAAGGGACACGCUCGUCAUUAGCUAAGCCAAGCCCUUUGCAAUGAGAUGCGUGGGACUGAGUUAAGCAGGAGGGAUGUAGCGACCUGACAUUUCGCCCCGAACGAUAUGGGGCUUACUCAACAACAAAUCUGGACUCAUGGGCAUUUCGUGGUAUUUGAAGGAGGGGGGACAAGAAUUGUGCGCCGUCUGAAUCUUCACUUCCUGCCACCAGCACCAAACAUGGACAAAGAAACCAACACCCCCGACGAGGUCUUGGGGUCAGCUGAGAAGUCCAUGAAUGUGACGAGCAAAACGUCUAAUGACGACACCAAGACCCACGAGUUCAAUGAGCAGACCAACUAUGUCCCAAAGAGAACCAUCAUCACGAUAUUCCUCGCCUGCGCGGGCGUCGACCUUUUGGCACUCAUAGACCAAACCACGCUCGCGACCAGCUUGUACAUCAUCGGCAACGCCCUGGGGUCCACCUCGCAGGUCUCGUGGAUAGCCAACGGUUACUUCAUAACCUCAACCGUCGGCCAGCUGUUGUACGGGCGGCUGUCGGACAUUUGGUCGCGCAAAGUCAUCCUCCUCACCGGCCUCGCCAUCUUCUUCCUCGGAUCCCUGGCCUCGUCACUGGCGCAGUCCGUGCUGCAGCUGACCAUCUUCCGUGCCUUUACUGGCAUCGGCGGCGGCGGGCUGAUGACGGUCGCCCAGCUGAUUGUGAGUGAUGUGGUCCCGCUAAGGGAGAGGGGGAAGUACCAGGGCAUUAUUGGUGCCGUAGUGGCUAUUGCCAAUGGUAUUGGCCCCGUGAUUGGCGGUGCGCUGUCGUCCAAGUCGGAGGACUCGUGGCGAUGGAUCUUCCGCAUCAACAUGCCCCUGACUGUGCUUACCACUUUGGGCGUGGUGUUCUUCAUGCCACUGAAGAAGGUCCAGGGUGACUGGAAAGUGAAGCUCAAGGCAGUGGAUUUCAUCGGCAUCUUGGUGGCCUUGGCCGGCACGAUAGUUCUGAUGUUGGGGCUCACCUGGGGUGGAGGUGAAUAUCCCUGGGAGUCAGCUCAUGUGAUCGCGACGCUGGUUACCGGUUUUGUGGCAUGCGUUGCCUUUGUGUUAUGGCAAUGGAAGGGUCCACGAUAUCCUCUUGUUCCCCUUCACAUCUUCAAGUCCAAGAUCGUGAACGGGGCUUGCAUCACCAUGGCAAUCAACGGCUGGAACUUUGUCGUGCAAGUCUACUACAUCCCGUCCUUCUACCAGCUGGUGUACGAGUACUCGGCAACGAGGGCCGGUGCCAUGCUGCUGCCCGUCACAUUGGUCCAAACGGCAGGCAGCACUCUGUCCGGUCUUGUGGUCCACUGGAUCGGUCGCUACCGCGAGUCCAUCCUUUUCGGGUGGGUUUGCUGGGCCGUUGGCCUGGGCUUGAUGUCAACUCUUGAUGAGACUACGGGGAUUGGGAAGCAGAUCGGGUACUCGAUCCUCAUCGGAGUAGGCGUUGGGAAUACGUUGCAGCCUGCUUUGAUUGCCGUCCAGGCGGGCGUGGCUAGACGUGACAUGGCUGUCGUCACCUCAUUCCGCAAUUUCGUGAGAAAUCUUGGCGCCACCAUUGGCCUCGCCGUUUGUGGAACAAUCAUCAAUAAUGUUCUGGCUGGAUCUUUGGGGUCUCUCGACAUCGACCAUGACGCAUCCAAAGCUCUUUUAAGUAACCCACAGAUGUAUCUAAGGACCGUCUCCGAGGCCGAAGCCGACAGAAUCCGUGGUGUCCUGAUUCCCGCGUAUAGAAAGGGGUUCCGCAUCAUAUUCAUGACUGGGGCAGCUCUUUGCGCACUGGCGUUUGUCAUUGCCUUCUUCAUGCUGCCUCAGGUCGAAUUGUCUCGCCCAGAUGAUGAGAAGCUCAAGGAGGAGGGGCGCAAGGCGGAUGAGGAUAAAAAGCGACAAGAUUCAGCAUAGACCGUAGUCUAUCGUAGCGAAAAUACAAGGGCAGCAUCU